UUCCCCCGUCACUCACAGACCGAGCAGAGAGCAGCUCUUCCUGUUGAGCUUCCAACUUUUCUCCACGGCUCGCAGCGGCUCCUGUGAUUUCUGGUUCCUGUGCCGUAACCGUCUCCCUGGGCAGAAUGAGCAACAACCCCCUCGCUGCCAGGAUGCAGGCCAGGAUGGAGAAGGCUAAGCAAAUGAGGGACGAGGACAAGCUGUACAGAUUCAACGGGGUGUUGUACCCCACCCUCAUGUGUCCCGAGGAACAUUUAAAGUGCCUGGAUGACAUCAGGGCCAGAGACGAUGACAUCAUGCUGGUGGCUUAUCCCAAAUGUGGAUUUAACUGGAUGGUUGGUGUCAUGAGGAAGAUGAUCGCACAGGCCACCCAGACGGAAAAUGAGUCCAAGAUGCCCCCCCUGAUCGAGUUCUUUGGACCAGAGGUGUUGAAGAGCGUGGAACAGGCUCCAUCUCCACGGUUGCUGGGGACUCACCUUCAUCCAGACAACAUGCCCUCCACCUUCAACGAGAAGAAGACAAAGAUGGUGGUGGUCUUCAGGAACCCGAAGGACACGCUGGUCUCCUACUAUCAUUUCUGCAACAACAACCCGGUUCUGCCGUCCGUCGGCUCCUGGGAUGCUUUCUUCUCCCAGUUCAUGAAAGGAGACGUGGCCUGGGGCUCGUACUUUGACCACGCCUUAGCCUGGAACAAGAAGAUGGACGACCCAAACGUCCUGGUGGUCACCUAUGAAGACCUGAAACAGGACCUCAGCGCAGGUAUCCACCAGAUCUCCAGCUUCCUCGGCUUCAGCCUGACGGACGCUCAGGUGCAGCAGAUCGCAGCGGCGAGCACCUUCAGCGCCAUGAAGGAGAGCGCGGCCAACUCGCACGGCAACAUGGGGAACGUCAUCUUCAGGAAAGGUGAGGUUGGAGACUGGAAGAACCAUUUUACCGCAGAACAGAGUGGAGAGAUGGACGAAGCUUUCAACAAGCAGCUGGCAGGAACGAAGCUGGGGGAGAAACUGGACUACCAGCGUAACUGUCAGUAGCAGAAAAGAGACGAGAAGAGGAGCGAUGAGAGGGGAGCGAUGGAGACGCAGCGCUGCAGGGACCUCAGGAGGAUCAGGACACAACUACCUUCAACCUGAAGCUGUAUGCAGCGCCUGACAGACCGCACUCAGGGCAAACCCGCCACAGCUCCAGGGACUAAGGGGAAAUAGGAGAAAAAGGGAAACUUUGUUUUUGAUCAGGUUUUUAUAGCCAUAGAUAUAUUAGAACAUAAGGGUUGGUGGUUUGAAGCCAUUUAAGCAGCUAAUUAUGAUCGACUGAAAGAAAUUAUAUAAAUAAUGUGCACAAUGUUAAAAUAGAUAAUCAAUUAAUCAUAAUUCAUUUUGUCCAUCAUGUUUUAAAUUCUAAUCCAUAAUGUUUUGUUGAAUAUUAUUUUCCUUGUAUUGUUCUUAAUUUUCAUGUUUCCAGGGUAAAUACCCAUUAUAAAAACAUUAAUUAAACAUUUAAAUCAUG